AUGGCGAAAUGCAGCAAGAUCCGCAACAUCGUCUGGCUCAGGCAGACGCUUCGGCGGUGGCGGUCCCGCGCCGCGGCGCGCACGGCGGCUGGCGGAGGCGCCGGCGCCGUGUCGGUGCCGGCGGGGCACGUGGCGGUGUGCGUGGGCGGCUCGUCCCGGCGGUUCGUGGUGCGCGCGGCGCACCUGAACCACCCCGUCUUCCGGGAGCUGCUCAGGCAGGCGGAGGAGGAGUACGGGUUCCCCUCCGGCGCCUCCGGCGCGUGCGGCCCCAUCGCGCUCCCCUGCGACGAGGGCCUCUUCGAGCACGUCCUCCGCCACCUCUCCUCCUCAUCGUCCGCCGCGCGGUUCUUCACCCUCGAGGACAUCAAGAGCGGCGCCUACUCGUGCUGCUGCGCGGCCGCCGGCGACGCGCUCCCGCUCCUCCGCGGCAUCUCGUCCGACAAGUUCGUCUGGUGA